AUUGUCUAUGAUUGUUAUUUCGUUUUGCUUCAAUGUCGAAACAAUCGCGAUUUCAGUGAAAGUUUUCCAUUUGUUUUACAACCGAGAUAAAAAUGAAUAAAUUAAAAUCGUCACAGAGAGAUAAAGUUAAAAAAUUUGUAGCAUUCACACAAACCAGUGAGAGUACUGCUAUAUAUUGUUUAUCAGAAAACGAUUGGAAGUUGGAGUUGGCAAGUGAUAAUUACUUUCAGAAUCCUGAUGCUUAUUAUAAAGAAUCUGUGAAAGCAUCAGUGGAUAGAAAAAAAAUUGAACAGUUAUUUAAUAAUUAUAAAGAUCUACAGGAAAGUGACAAAAUUACAGUAGAUGGUAUUAUACUGUUCCUUGAACAUUUGAAUUUAAGUCCUGAAUCUAUUCUAGUCCUAAUUUUUGCGUGGAAAUGUAAGGCAGCUAGACAAUGCGAAUUUUCAAAAGAAGAAUUCUAUACGGGUCUUUUAGAACUAUCUGUUGACAGCAUAGAAAAGUUAAGAAUGAAACUGCCAACAUUAGAAACAGAAAUAAAAGAUCCAAAUAAAUUUAAAGACUUAUAUCACUUUACAUUUAAUUAUGCAAAGCAUCCUGGUCAAAAAGGCUUAGAACUUGAUAUUGCGAUAGCAUAUUGGAAUAUAGUGCUUCGGGGGAGAUUUAAAUUUUUAGAUGCCUGGUGCAAAUUCCUUACAGAGCACCACAAAAGGUCUAUACCAAAGGAUACAUGGAACUUACUCCUUGAUUUUGCUACACAAAUAGAUGAUGGCAUGAGCAAUUAUGAUGCAGAAGGUGCAUGGCCCGUUCUCAUAGAUGAUUUUGUCGAAUGGUGCCAAAAGCAUGUACUCACAGGGGAUGGAGUGUCAUCAUUAGAACCAGCCUCUGGCUAGUUGAAACUUAAUAGAUCGCAGAGCGAAGUAUUUAAAGCGAAUAGUAAAUAAAGUAAAUGAUGUGUAUCUACAAUAUUUUUGUCUAGCUUCGUUCUGUGUGGUCUAGAGCUUUGUAUAGUUGAGUGGAUUGCGAUCAUUGUUGUUUUUUAACUUUGUAGAUGACCUUGAAAUGUAUUUCAAUCAAUUCAAACUCAUUGACACAUGCAAAUAAUUAUACAAGAAUACUAUAGCUUCAAAAGUGGCCUCAGGCAUUAGUUUAUAUAAAUAUUGUUAGGAGUAAGGAUGAUUUCUCUUUAUAUUUUACAAAUGCGCAAGUUGUUAAGAGUUGAUUGCAGACUGUUAUUGCUGAUGUAUUUGUAUUGGCCUUCCAAAAACAUGGUCACUUGUGCCUGUAAUCCCUUGACAAACACUAAAAAAAUUGAGUGCAACUCGAAAUCAAACCUUCAAACGCCAACACCAACACCAUUGAUCAGUCAGGUAUCAUGUUUGUCAAUAACAUAUGUUAUCAGUUUUAAACAUAAUAGAUCCAGAGUUUAAGUCCAGCAUCGUCCAUAAAUUUUGGUACAAAUUUAAUUUGUAAACAUAAUAUUGUUUAAUAUUGAAAAUAAAAAAUAUGGAACAAUGAAAGUCUAUGUAGAAACAAAGUGACAAAAAAUUUUUUAAACACAAAUGACAAGUGGGUUUUUAACCAGUCAUAAAAUGCAAAAUUGAGUUUAGUAUAAAAACUAUUUUUUUUUAAAUAUUAUAAUGGCUGUAGGAAGUGUAUAUGCAUAAGUGCUGACUACAGAGAAAAACUGAUGCAUGGAUAUGGCAUUGACUGUAAUCUACACAAGUCAGCUACUGACUUUUGACACACUGACACCAAAAAAAAUCUAUUCAGUAGCCUGUUUAUAGUCUCUUUGUUUCUAUUACAUAUCCGGCAGUUGUAUUGGUCACUCAGUUAUCUGAAAGAAUAUUUCUACUAAAUAUUAAUAAAAUUUUAAUGUUACUCAUUCGGAGUGUUAAUUUUUUAAUUAAAAAACUUAUUCAAAAGAUUUUUAUCUUGUUACUAAUUGCUUAAUCUAUGAAACUUAAAAUUAAGAUGUAAAUAUGUAUAUAUAUUUUGAAUCUGACUAAUGUCUAGAAUUUUUACUAACUGUCCAGCUGUAAUAUUAUUCAAGUAUUUUUUUCCGUUAAACUCAAACUUGAAUUUUUUUUAAUAAAAAUUGUGAGAUGGUAUGUAAUUAUAAAUAUUUUAAUACUUAACUACUAUAUCCUUAAUCUGUGAUUUUUAUCUCAAAAUAAAAAGUAUUUAAAUUAAGAUGGUUUUGACAAAGGACAGUUAAAUUUACAGCUUUGUUACCUAGUGAUAUUGUUCUCUGUAUAUUUAUUUGUUAUCACAUUACAUGGUAGGUAGAACAUCAAAACUAUAAGAUUCAAUGUUGGGUACUUAUUGAAGUGUACAAAAUAUUAAAUUAAUGUAUGAUGAAAAUAAAAAGUUAACGAAAA